AACAAUUCUAUGUGAUACAUCUUAUUCAAGAUUACGUAAUGAAGUUAUUAUUCCUAGCGGCUAUUAUAGCCACUGUAGCUGCUUACCAUGGACCACCGGUUCCAAACCAUCUUGACGUAUUGGAUAAAAUCUCUGUUGUAUGUCCAUGGGAUCCCACUCUCGCCUCUUAUGACCCACUAAUAUAUAUGGCACAAUACACAGCAAUCUAUAUAGUGGGACAUGGUCUUGAUUACUUUCAUGAAAACCAUGAAGCACCAGGAGGAUUAUAUAAUACAGAUUAUCUAUGGGAUUUUGAUCUUCCUAAUGAGGGUUGGGAUACUGAUGGCAUGGGUGCUGCAAUAGCAGGGGCAGCCGCUGGUUUCUACACUGGUGUUGGGAGAAACAUUACUGUUGUUUCUGUGAGAGUAGCUGAUGACCCAGACUACAAAAAUAUUGACAUCAUGAGAUAUGAAGAUGGAGUUAAUGCGGUUCUCACUGAUUACAGAAACCGUAAAAUUUCAAAUCCAACUGAUUACCGUAGAGCUGUUGUAUUACUGACUCCAUACAUUGACACCUCCCUUGCCGAUACUACCACCCUUGAAUCGCUCGUCUUAGCAAUGGUUAACGAAUCCCUCACUGUUAUUGCUCCAGCCGGCGACAGUUACGAUGCUCUUUCUAAAAACUGCAUCAAUUAUUUCCCUGGCAACAUGCAUGCUGUCGACGGGGUAAUCACAGUGGGAAACGCCAUGUUUACCAACUUGGGACACCUGAACUCCGUACCUGGCACUUGUAAUGAGAUAUACGCACCCGGUUCAGAUGUCUAUACAUCUUACUAUGAAGGUAGUACAGAGCCAAACAACCAUAGCAAAUACGUACAAGUCGCACCAAGUUCACAAUUUGCUGCUGCUUUAGUAGCAGGAACUGCUGCCAUGAUCACAUCGUCGUGUCCCAAUUUGUCACCCGCUGAGAUCGAGCAAGGAAUUAUAGAUUUUGCAUCCAACCAGGCUUCAAUCGUUAAAGAUCCUGUCCACAAUAGCUUCAUUGGAUACAUGUUGAGAUUUCCAGCCGUAGGUGAUGAAUAUCCAUUCUGUCAAAUCCCUUGAACAUUCACUACUACAGUAUCCACAGUUAAAUUUGAAACCAUGUUAUUUCAUCACGUGAUUUUAUAAUUAUUAGUCAAUAAAACUGAGCAUGUAAUAUCUUAA